CGAACCCUGCCCGAUAUACGCACCUGGCAUAGGCAGCUUUCCACUGCUCCUGACGUCUCGCCUUUGCCGUGUCCAAAUCCGACUGAGACACGAAGCGCGAGCCGACGCCUGCUGUAGACAGCGAGGGGAUAGUGUCGUCCAUGUUUGUGUAGAAUGAGAGGCUAAGUUGAGCGUAAAGAGCAGCGUGGGGAACGCUCCAAAUUCACGCUCGCGCAAGAACGCCGCCGAACGCGCCGAACUUAGCCCAGCUCGGGCAGCCGAAAAGCAAAUCAUAUACCCCCAGGACCUGCUCAAGCAGACCCACGUCGCUCCUUUUAUUCCACCUCCCACCUCGUCGUCGCGCACCCCUCGGGCAUGGCGGCCAAUGCCAGCGACGUCGUCUCCCCCCUGUCCGCAGCAUCGGCCGCUACAUUCCCCAGGUCAAAGUCUACUAUCCGUGGCUACCGCGCAAACCAGUCAACCGUCAGAACCGUCGUAACCUCUCCUCCGUGGGCUAGAGACGAGCCUCCAUCUCCCAGAGACGAACAUUCGCCCGGCACAAGUAGAGACCCGCAAGCGACCGAUGACCGCCCCCCUGCCCACAGGCCUUCCGAUGUUACAUCUUAUACUUCAUCGGUAUAUGACGAUAGCAUGGCCGGUCCUUCCCGCUGGUGGGCAUUCACGAGACAUCGCCCAGAGGAUUCUGCAGGCCAAUCGCUCACGGCAAACGCUGCCCGACACGGCAUGAGCAGACACAGAGACCGGUCAUACUCCGUAUCCUGGCUGGCUGCCUCACUGUCGCGACGACCCCAAGAUGGCGAACCGAACAGUCACGUCAAGGACGAAGAACCGGAGCGCAUAGGCACCGACUUUAGGUCCGAGGCCAUGUCUGAAGAUCGUCUGCAUCUAGACCUUCCACCGCCGCCGCAGUCCCCAAUAACCCUCGCGCAGACACGGACACCGGGUUGGGAAACGCCCUGGACUCCUAGAGCCCCCGGAGUGACCUGGGACGUUGGCGUCGGCGACAGCGAAGAGAACGGUGGGGAGAAGCUGAGCAAGUGGCAAGGGAGGAAAAAGCGGAUAAGGGUGUACAUGCUCACAAACACUUAUGUUCCUCUGCUUUUCCGGCUGGUCAACAUUGCCUUCACAACCUCUGCACUUGCGAUUGCGAUCCACAUCCGACGAAGCGAGAGCCGUGCUCACAUAUCUGGCGCGUUGGGAUCCUCACCAACCCUGGUCAUAAUCUUUGCGCCACUUACGCUCGUGCACGUCAUGAUAGCUAUCUACCUUGACUAUUUCGGCCGCCCUCUUGGUCUCUGGCGUACUUCAGCCAAGCUUGCUCAUACACUUGUUGAAGUCGUCUUCAUUUGCGCGUGGUCAGCCGCGCUUGCACUCUCCUUCGAUAAUUUCUUUACUUCCAGCAUACCUUGCGCUUCCCUUUCCAGCAUCUCGUGGUACAAUCAGCUACCGCGCCCACCGCCACCGCCUAUUCCAGGGAUAAACGGGUCGACUGGGAUCGGAGGCGGGCUCUGCGACAAUCAAAUUGCGUUGAUUAGCCUCGUCGGCGUCGGUUUGAUCAUGUACUGUUUCAACCUGGUCAUCAGCCUCUACCGGAUUUUCGAGAAGGUCAAGUACCACCCUAUCCACCACUCGCACGGGUAGCGUUGAAGCUGGCAACCGCCCGUUAAGGGAGGUUGGCCAGGCUCGUCACGUUAUUUUUCUUGGCCUCUCCAUGGCCGUGGUAACUUAUCAUUGAGCUGCAAUCUAAACAACCAAGGACAUGACCAGGUUCCCCGUUCUCAUCGCAGGCGUUGCUCUUACUUCUCGUCUUCCAUCUUCUUCCGAUUCCGGGCCCAUGAUACCUCGUCGUAGCACUGUAUUUGUAGAUGUAACAUUAGACGGCAAUCGCACGGCGCUGUUCUAUGAUUUCCGGUCUGCUGCGUCGGAGGGCGCGAUAUGCGGGAUAGUUAUUUUCUGACGAGCUGUAAUGCAGUAGCCCGCAGUGCCAAGCGAGCUGUACGCCGAGGGUGAGUACUACGGAGGAAGAAGAGUAGUCCGUCCAUUACGCGGGAAUAGCUAGCCGUGUCGUCAACCUGUGUAAGGACGCGUGAGUGACUGUGUCUAUGCGGCUCACGAAGUAAAGAACCUCGUAAUAGCCCGCGGCCCCGCCGGGCCAGGAUCUACGAGGGGCGAGGGGGGGGGACGUGGCUAUAUGAAUCAAAGAAGCCACUUACGCACUUGGACACUGCAAUAUGCGUGGCUGAAGGUGUGGGAUCUGCAGCAUCUCUUCUCACUCCGCCGCGCCAAGCCAGCGAAACG